CUGUUCUGUCAAUUGGUGUCGAUUUGUCAAACCUAAAUCAACAAAAACUACUCGGUACUUUAUUCCGAGGACUGUACGAUUUAAUUAUGAAUUUAUCAUUUAAUUUAUGAACACAAUAGGUUUUUCGUUUCUAAUUUAUUUGAUUUUUAUUUUAAUUGUUGACUGUGUUUAAGAUGUCUCAGUGCGAUCCAGGACCAAUCCCAGAUAGGUGGCUGAAAUGUCCACGCAAGUCCACUAGUUUGAUUGCAGACAAAUUUUUGGCUUUCAAAACACCUCUUGGUAGUCAAUUCAACGACAAAGUGCCAGAGGAAAGCCGAUUUACGCCUUCUAUGUUGUUCUCUGUUAUGAAAAGUUUAAAGGUUAAACUUGGAUUGUGGAUUGACUUGACAAACACAAGCCGAUUUUAUGACAAGAAGGAGAUUGAAAAUACGGAUUGUAAAUAUAUAAAGUUGCAGUGUCGUGGACAUGGUGAAACUCCAUCUCCUAAACAGACUAAAAUAUUCAUUGAAUUAGUAACCAAAUUCCUUGCACAGAAUCCAUUGCAAGUGGUUGGUGUACACUGUACUCAUGGUUUUAAUAGGACUGGAUUUCUUCUUGUCUCAUACAUGGUGGAACAGUUGGAUUGCAGUGUUGCAGGUGCUUUACAUGAAUUUUCAAAAUUAAGACCACCAGGUAUAUACAAACAGGAUUAUAUACAAGAGUUGUACAGACGGUAUGAUGAUAUAGAAUAUACCCCAGCCGCCCCAGAGAGACCUGAGUGGUGUAAUGAGGAACUUGAAAUCGAUUAUGACGACGACGACGUCGACAGUCCAAAUGCGCAGUCGGAUUCUGAACCAAACAGCUCAUCAAAUUCCAGCCAAAAACAAAGAGGUCGUAAAGAGACUGUGCACAAAAAGGCUAUAUUCAUGCCUGGGGUAAGAGGAGUGGAACCAUUCAAUACUCAACCUCGUCUCAAAGAAGUACAACAGAAAGCGCAAAAGUUCUGUGAAUGGAAAAAAACUGGAUUCCCAGGUGCACAACCCGUGUCUAUGGACGUCAUGAAUUUAAGGAAAUUACAUGAAAAGCCAUAUAGAGUGUCAUGGAAAGCAGAUGGAGUCAGAUACAUGAUGUUAAUAGACGGCGAGGGAGAAGUAUACAUGUUAGACAGAGACAACUGCGUGUUUAAAGUCUUUGGUUUAAGGUUCCUGCACAAACAAGAUCUCAGAAGACAUCUAAAGGACACUUUACUAGAUGGUGAAUUAGUAAUAGACAAAGUGGAAGGUCAAAAUAUACCAAGGUAUCUGGUGUAUGACAUAAUAAAAUACGAGGGUGAAGAUAUUGGCAAAAUGGCAUUCUACCCCACCCGAUUGGAUUACAUUGAGAAAGAUAUUGUUAAUCCUAGACACGAGGCAAUGAUGAAGGGUAUUAUAAAGAAAGAUCAAGAACCAUUCAGCGUGAGAUUAAAACAAUUCUGGGAAGUUACGAUGGCGCAACGGUUGCUAGGAGAAAAGUUUGCAAAGUCACUGUCCCAUGAACCGGAUGGACUUAUAUUUCAACCAUCCAAAGAGCCAUACCAAGCUGGCCAAUGUCCGGAUGUUUUAAAAUGGAAACCAAGCAAUAUGAAUAGUGUUGAUUUCAAGUUGCAAAUAGUUACUACUGGUGGACUAGGGAUGUUACCAACGAAAGAAGGCCAUUUGUACGUCGGGCAAUUGAAGGCUCCAUUUGCCACUAUACGAGUAACGAAAGAAAUAAAGAACUUAAAUAAUAAGAUCAUAGAGUGUACAUUUGAUCAAAACACCAAACGAUGGGUUUUUAUGAGAGAAAGAACAGAUAAAUCUUUUCCAAACAGCUAUAACACUGCUAGAGCUGUAUGCGAGAGUAUACAAGACCCUGUCACAACCGAUCGACUGCUGGACUACAUAGAGCACCAUCGGUUUUCAGACGACUCGGAUAUAAUGCCACCACCGAAAAGGUCACGAUACUAACGACGUGGCGGUGACGGGACGGCAACUCUUUUAGUUUUUCAAUUUGUCUCUUAUAUGCAAAAACUUCAUUCCAUGAAGAAAAUGUAAAGAUUUAAUAGUCACUAUUUGCAAUGAAAUGAUAGACUAUUUGUAUCAACGAUAGAGCCACGUGUCCUAAUAGUAUAUCCUAACUUUGGUACAUAUAAGGCUGGGCAGUAAAUCUUGCGACUUAUAAACUACAUGGUAAGAAAUCUUAUUAUUUAAAUAAGGUUUGACUUUGACAAAUUGUAUCUAACUAUACCUACGGCAUAAUACGUGAACAGAUAUAACUUCUUUUUUUUUAUCAAUCAGUUAAUAUUAAUUUAUUAUUCUCGACGUAUGUUUUUCUUUAAGAAGUAAUAACCCAUUACCAUCACAUUUUAAUUUAUUUUAUUCAAUCGUGUAUAUAGACAAGGAAGAAAAUUGUUUGAUUCAAGAUUGUUAAUAAAAUGAAUCAUAAAGAUUGUUGAACUGUAAAUGGUCUAUUUAUUUUUUAUCAAUUAUAAUACAGUAUAAUUUGAGUAUUAAAAUAAUCAAUAAAUAUAACAUGGUAACAAUCAAUAUAUGAAUCCCUCUUUAAAAUAUAAUUAAUAUAUCUAAAAUGAUAAUUGUGUUUGAGGUGAAUUAUAAAGAGGUAUGAGGUAUCUAAUAGAUCGUUGGCAAACAGUACUCUCUAUCUAUUUUUAUCUUAUAAAAGGCUUGGCAUGAAGAUAAAAUAUAUAGGUAUAUACAAUCUAUAUAAUUGUCACAGCCAAUCUACCACACCAAUUUAUUUUAAUUAAUAAUCAUGGUUUUGUUGAUAUAAAUGAAGAUGAGUUUUCAAUUGAGAAUUCAUUGAUCUUAAUUUAAUUUUAAAUGAUGGAUGGCCUUUAUAUAUAUUAACAUAUAACAAAGUCAACAAGAACUUAUAUGUGUAAACAGUAGAUAAACUAGAAAUAUUUAACAAAUUA